AUGCAAUUUCUUUGUCCUUUUAGUCGUGUUAACCCCUCACCUUUUCCUGUGGAAGGCGUGUCGGCUGCUGAUCUGAACGAAGCGGUGAAUGACCACUGCCACUCCCGGCGCUUGGACGAGCGGCCAAUUAAGGGCAUGACCUUCGCAAAGAAAGUUGGAGGGCCGGGGCGCUAUAUGGGAAAACCCCCCUCGACGACGUGA